AUGGGACAGACGCUCGAGUGCCAUUGUCUGAAGCGCAUCGAAGGUAGAAUGACCUACGAAUUCUCAUGGACGGACGGACUCUACUAUGAUGCCACCAGCCCCAAGGACUACCAAGAUGCCGCGUUACUGGCGCUGAUGUGGUACGCUUUUGGCCGCGCCUCAGACCUGGGGUUCGUGGUGAAGGGAAACCUGUCUGUGAGUGCGGAUGGCGUUGUGUUCGUCCGGCUCAUCCGCGUGAAGACUUCAGACGAGCAGGGCAUCUCUCUCUUUCCCGACAAGAACAGCUUCAUCACGUGCCCCCUGCAUGCGAUUGCGAUGGCCCUGGUGAUGCAGGACGCUCCGUGCGCACAGCUGCUGGAUCAUCCGCACCAUGCCGCAAGCUGCGACGAGAGUAUGACAGCCCCUGUUGACGUGCCACUAGCUGAAGCUCUUGUUGCCUGUGAGAACGACGACACGCCAAGUGAGCCGCAUCAGAAAAAGCGUAAACUACCUGAAGAAAACAUGAAGAUCCACGCCUACGUGAACCGCGUUGUCAAGACAGCGGCUGCCGCUCAAGCUACAGCGGUGCCAACUGUAAACUUGACGUCUCACUCGUUUCGACGUGGUGGGGCUCAGCAUGCAAACGGUGAUCCACUGCUCAGUGCUCAGUGGAUUUUCGAUCGUGGUUCGUGGAACAUGACGGCUACCAACAAGGCUUUCGCUUACGUGUUCAACACAACCAGUGAAGACCAGAAAGUAGCACGUGUUCUCAGCGGGUGGGACUCGAGCAAGAAGCCACCGGUUCCAACCCUCUCCUGGUUUGACUCCGCCAGCCGGCAGCAGGCACUGAGCUUGGGAAAUCUUCUUUUCCAGCCAAGCGUGAGCCCCGAGAAGAAGCUCAACGCCCGCGUCGCUGAAAUUCUAACUGCCGCGCAGAUCCAGCAUUUUCCCGAGGUACUCGAGCGCUACCCGAUGUGCCCGUACGCU